GCCAGAGAUUAUAUAAACGUGUUGCCGAGGGAAGGAAGUUGUGGACGGACUGAAAGAGCCACGUAUGGCGCCUGGCUGCCGCUGGCUUUCCCGAAUGUGCCUGUAAUAUCUUACGAAUUGUGUAGGAAAGGCCUCAAUCCUUGAUGCAUUGGAAUCUGCCAAAUGCUACGGCUCCCAGUUGACAGAUCAUGGCACUACAUUUCAAGCUCUUUGCAAUCUCUUGAACUAUCCUCAGAGCAGAACUCAUUUUCUUUUAAUGGCACAAAGUGACCUUUGGCUUAUUGUGAGAGCUCUAUAAAGUGUCAUUGCUGACUGCCAAGUUUGUAGAAUGAUGGAAGUCCCGUCCCAUGAACAGGAUGUUUUGCUGACAAAUUCAACAUAUGCAGCAACUGCUGGGAGCAAAGAGGAACUCUCCGAUGAUGCAGCUGUGUCUGGGUCAUCUGUCACAGGAGUUGACAUAAACGACUCCGCUGGUGAAAUUAUAGACAAACUGUGAGCCAGACCCAGCCACAGCAGCUGUGAUCUCCUCCUCAUCUAGCACCUGGAAUGCAAAACAUUUUGUGGAUGCUUUCCAUGGCUGUGGAAUUGUAGAGCAUCGAUGAGAAAUUCUGGUUAAAAUGCAAACAAAAAUCUGAAUAUUUUAUUUUGAAAUGAUUCAGUCAUCUGCAUGGAUUUGGCCAGACCUAAGGGUGCUGUCAGAUUGAUGGUUAUCGCCCUAACUAACUACCUUAAAGGUGCCUAUGUGAACAGUACAGAUAAAGUGCCAAACAUUGGAGCAGCAAUGGACGCCAGCAGUAUCUCAGGCAAACAUGAGGGCAAGAUCCAGCAACUGUGUGCUUCCAGUGAUAAAGGUGCUGAUGGUGAAGGAGACGGUUGUCAGAAUGGAUCUAAGUCUGUUUACAGGUCCACUGGGCCUUCUGGCAUUCCCCAGGUUGUCUCUAACUCACCAGAAAGUCAGCCACCAAAGUGCAGAUCUGAUGAGAGCACAGAGCCUUCCCCAGGUGUGGAUGGUUUCCAUGACAACUUAAAGAAGCCUCAGGGAGCUAAAUCUGAGAUGUUUGUUCAAAAAAGUGAAGCUUUGCAGUCGCUCAUUCUAAGUCUUCCUAUGCAAGAAACCAAUUUGUGUUCAGUGGAUCCGUCUUUGAAAGAACAGAAUGAAGAACAGAUACGUUCACAGGCUCAACGGCGCCUUGAAGAACAACUCAAACAGUACAGAGUUCAAAGACAUCAGCAGAGAUCUAAGCAAUCAACAUCAAAAAAUCGACUCACCAGUACUUUGGACCCAGAGUUGAUGUUCCACCCAGAAGUACUUCCAAGAGCCAAUACCCUCGCCUUGACUACGGAAUACUCUUUCCUGAGGACCAGCGUUCCACGAGGACCCAAGGUGGGCAGCCUUGGAAUGCCAAAUGUUUCCAAAGAUGAAAAGACUUCAAGGAGCUCCAAGACCAGCAAAAUACGAUCCCUUUCAGAUUAUAAAACGGAGAGUUCAGAGGCCGUGAGUAGUAUUGGAAGAUCUUCCAGUGUGGAAACAUUAUUCCAGAACAGGACUGGUUCAUCCACAUCUGUUAUAUCUGAAAUAGGCUUCGCGUCAGAAAAUGGCGAUAAAUUAGAAGUUUCGUUGCACAUUGAGGACAGCAACUCUGAGAUAGAUGAGCUGGGUACAAGGCAAGAUGAGAAUGAAAGUGAUAGCUCUUCAUACAGCAGUAUAUCUACAAGUGGUAUUUAUGGGACCAUGCCCUCAAUGGACAUCAGGCAAAAAAACACAUACACUGUUGAUGGGCAAGAAAUGUUAUCAAACGAUAUGGGGAAGUUUCCUUCUAUUGGGGAGGUGUUACAAGCUGCAGCAGCAGAACAUCAGAGUGAGCAGCAGGAAGUGAAUGGAGCAGUGCAGAGCCGGAGAGACAGCAUUUCCAGCAGUGUUUCCAUGGAAAGCUCUGUGGCGGAAUCCCAUGAUGACCUAAUGCAAAUUCUUAAAGAAAAAAUGCGACUUGAGGGACAAUUGGAAGCUCUGUCUUCUGAAGCUAAUGAGGGUUUGAAAGAGAAGACUGAAUUGCAGGCCCAAUUAGCAGCUUUAAAUGCACGACUACAGGCACAAGAUGAGCAGAAGGUGCUCAGUGAGCAAAAGCAAAGCAUGUUAAGCUCUGAAGUAAGCACCUUACGACAAACAUGUUCCAGUCUGGAACAGGCCAUGACUGAGCUGCAGACCAAUCUCGAGGCUAAAAAUGCCAGUUUAGCUGCACUAAACAAUGACCUUCAGGUAUCUGAGGAGCAAUACCAGAGACUGAUGCGAAAAGUCACAGAAAUGCAGCAGACACUCUCUAAUAGAGAUGAUUCAGUUCAUGCUAUUCAACAACAAAUGACAGUGCUACAGAGCCAGCUUCAGCAGGUACAGUUGGACCGUGCCACUCUGACAAGCCAGCUCAAGGCAUCCCAUUCUGAAAUAACUUCUCUGCAACAGGUCAGGCAGUGGUACCAGCAGCAACUGACACUGGCACAAGAAGCAAGAGUUCGGUUACAGAGUGAAAUGGCAAACGUGCAGGCUGGUCAUAUGGCCCAGGCAGCAAUGCUAGAGCACCUGAAGAUUGAGAAUGUGUCUCUGUCUCAACAACUUACAGACACACAGCAGAGAUCCAUCAAGGAAAAAGAGCGCAUUGCGGUGCAUCUCCAAAAUAUUGAGGUUGAUAUGUUGGAUCAAGAAAAAGCUUUCCAACAGAUCCAAGAGGCUAAGGUGAUGGUCGAAGAUGAUUUAUCACGGAAACUUGAAGAGUUUGAGGAAGAGCGUGAGCAUCUUCAAAAACUGGCUAAUUCAGCUACAGCACUGGAGAGACAGCUUGAGGAGGCUAGGUUAACCUUGCAUCAGCGAGAACUCCAAUUACAAGCUUUGGAACAGGAGCAAUUAGAGCUGCUGAAGCAGCUGACUGUCUCCCAGGAGUCCUUGCACACCAAGGAUCAAUCCUUGAAUGAGCUGCAGGCACGUUACGAUGAGCUGGAGGCCCAUCUAACAGAGGUCCAAACUGAAGCAAAUGCCAAAGAUGAAGCAAUCCAAUUCUUGCAGAAUGAGAAGAUUGUCCUGGAGGUAGCACUGCAAGCUGGAAAGACAGAUAAGGUUCUACUGGAGGAAGGAACUAAAAAGCUUGAGGAGGACACUGAGAUGGUUUCUGAAAUCCUAGAACAGCUUCGGCAAGAAGUUGCUGUUAAGACUGGGCAGGUAGAAAAUAUGCAACAGGAGAAUACCAGCUUUAAGAAACAGACCCAGAAACUGAAAGAACAGCUUGUUCAACAGAAGGUGAUGGUGGAGGCAUAUCGACGUGAUGCAAAUUCAAAGGAUCAACUAAUAAAUGAGUUGAAGGCAACAAAGAAAAAGCUGGAGUCAGAGGUGAAAGAGCUGAAACAAGAUGUGGUUGUGUUCCAAACUGACAAAAAAUCAGCGCAGAAUGAACAUGUGCAGUUACAGAAAGAGAUUUCUCGCGUUCACCAGCAAAUGACUGAUCUGGAAACUCAGCUGCAGUUGGCACAGGAAGAACGUGAUGAAUUGAGCACAGAGCUUCAGUCAGUGCAGUUCGACAGAAACCAGCAAGUGUCACUCUCUAAUGAAAAUGAAGAACUAAAGAAGCAAGUGGAGCAGAUGCAGGAGGAAGCUAAAAAAGGUAUCUCUGAACAAAAGACCCGAAUGAAGAAGCUUGGUAGUGAUCUCAGCAGUGCACAGAAAGAAAUGAAAGCCAAACAUAAAGCUUAUGAAAGUGCUGUCGGUAUCCUGAGCCGUCGACUGCAGGAGGCCCUUGGAGCAAAGGAGUCUGCUGAGGCAGAGCUCAGCAAGCUGAAAGAUCAGAUCACAGAGGGUGGAAAUGAUAAAGUUCUGAAAGAACGGAUUCAGGCUUUGCAACUGGAGCUGCAGGCAGUAAACCACAGCAAAGCCACCCUUGAGAAGGAGCUGCAGGCAAUCAUCUCUCUUACCAGCCAGGAGCUUGAGGAUUACAGAGAGAAGGUUUUGGAUCUAGAGGAUGAGCUUCAAGAGUCAAGAGGUUAUAGGAAAAAGAUAAGACGCUUGGAAGAAGCCAAUAAAAAUCUGACUUUGGAGUUGGAACAUGAACGAGGGAAGCUUGUUGGCCUGAGUCAGUCCCAUGCUGCACUGAAACAGCACACCAGCAUCUUGGAGACUGCCUUGUCAAAGAGAGAAGCAGAUCUUGUACAACUUAACCUUCAGGUACAAGCAGUCCUAAAACGAAAGGAAGAGGAGGAUCAGCAGAUGAAGCAAUUGGUACAAGCCUUGCAGAUUGCACUGGAAAAGGAGAAAGGAAAUGUUAAUGUACUGAAACAGCAGGUUUCAGCAAACAAGGCUGAGGCUGGACACAAUCGUCGUCACUACAGGGCAGCUGCCCUUGAACUCAGUGAGGUGAAGAAAGAGCUGCACGCCAAAGAACAGCUUGUAGAAGCUCUGCAGGCAGAAGCUGAUAAACUUCAAGCCCAGGAUAAGAAACACUCUCAGGAAGUAGCCCAGUUCCAGGAGGAAUUGGCUGCAGCUCACUCUCAGCUUAAACUGUUGCAGAAACAGCUGGAUGAGCAGCUUAACAAACCAGCUACUGUAAACCAGGAGGUGGAGGACUUGAAAUGGGAAGUUGAACAGAAGGAAAGAGAUCUACAAGCCUUAAAGCAGCAGCUGUCACUGACUGAACAGCGUAGUCAGAAGGAGUUGGAAGGACUACAGGAAGCUCUACAGGGUAUCAAGGCUAAUCUGGAGGAGCUACAGGAGGAGCUGACAGUAACCCGUAAGGACAAGUUCAUGCUCCAAACUAGAGUGUCAGAACUAAGAAAUACCAUGAAGACACUACUGCAGCAAAACCACCAAUUGAAAAUGGACCUCAAACAGACAAAGACACGCAAGAGAAUAGAGUUGAAAGGAGAUGCUGUUUCGUCAAAUCCUGUGACCCCAGUAAAGAUCCCCGAUUGCCCUGUACCUGCCUCCCUCCUUGAGGAAUUACUCAGGCCACCGACAGCUGUGAGUAAAGAACCUCUUAACAACCUCCACAGUUGUUUAAAGCAGUUGAGGCAAGAGAUGGACAGUUUACAGCGACAGAUGGAGGAGCACACAGUAACUGUACACCAAUCAAUGUCGUCAUGGACACAAAUGGAAGGACAAUUGAUGGAACUUGCUGCCGAUGGCACCACCCCAGCAGCAGCAGAGGUGUCCAGCAAUAGUACAGAAACUGACCUCAACAAUACUGCAAAUGCUAACCAUGCAAAUAGGACCUGUCAGUAGGGAACAAUUUCUGUAUCGCCGGGAAUAUAAAAGCCCUCAGUAAUGCUGACGAGUAGGAAUGUUUUCCAGACCUCCUUGUGCUUUAUUUACAUUCUGGUUUUCUUGGCAGCCUAGCAGCAAAGUAUUCCUUCAUACUACUGGUUAUGGAUUUAAACAUCACCUGUAGCACCUUCCACGUGUGAUUUUUGUUAGGCUACAUGGUCCAUUCAAAGAGAAGGAAAAAAGAGCAACAGGAGGUGGGAGGUAACUUUAUCUUCAGGAGGUCAAUCCUUGGCUAUUCAUUAGGAUGGACUGACUUGGAAAAAUUUACCACCAUCUGUCUGGGGAUUCCUACCCUUAAGUGAUGGGGGAGGGGAAUAAAUACAGGAAGGGCUUAAAAGGAUAAAAAAUAUUGAUUCUAAUUUAUUAAAAUUACAUUUUAACUUUAAAAAGUUGUAAGUUUUUUGUUUUACAGUUCUGAAAGUUCGAGAUAUAUUUGUUUAGCUUAAGGCUCAGGCAGCAUUAUGUUGGUACUAAAUAAGUCAAAGUUCAACUGAGGACAUUAGUAUGUUUUGUACACUUUAAUCUUAACAUAAAGAAGGCUUGUUCUUCCUCUUGGAAGAAACCAUAGUUUAAAAACAUAUUUUGCACCUUUCUGAUCUCCAAGUUUGUGGAGCUAAGACAACCUCAAAUAUAUAAACUGACUUGACCUAACCUUAGUAGCAAAUGCUGAAGAUGCUCUUUCGGGUGUUAUAUUUUGCUUCUGUGCACACACUAAUAUAUGACUUCAUCUAAAUGUUACAAUUUUGUUUCUUUACAACACUGGUAGAGAGUUGGAUCACACAAGUUUAGCACUCUGGGUUUGAAUCCAGCCAAAGCAGAAGGAUAAAGUUUUCAACCCAGCCCUCACUAGGUAUGGGCUCACAUCAAAAAAUGCCCUGUAGUUGGCAAUUGCAUUCAGAAGAAUGGGAAUAUUACAUAGGUGCCCUAGAUGGUGCUCUUCUCUGUUGGGACUAAGAAACAUUGCUAGGUCAAGUAUAGGAAGCUUUAAGCUGCAGGUGCCUGUUACCUGGGAGUACUGGUUGCCAAAAUGUGGUGCCUACAAUGGAAGAGUAGUUUGUUCCUCAGCACUAAGCAUUCUCACCAUGAUGAGCAGAAAGAAAAGUUACUUCUGGGUUAUUGGUGCAUUUAAAAAAAACAGUUUAGAAAAAUUGUGGAAUAUACUCAGCAAAAAUCCCACUGCCAUUUACUUAAAAUGUUCUGUCAUGAAGAAAGCAUGUUUAUAUCACUAUCAAGUGAGCUGAAAAGUAAAUUCCUUUUUCAACAGAGGCAUAGAUGCUUAACCUAAGUAAUGUAUAAACCUAACAAGAGCUGCUUUAACUAUUUGUCGACUUUUGUGCACUGCAUCAAUUAUUGUUUCUAUCUCAGUAACUGUUGCUGUCCUGAGGUGGUGGAAUAGUUUGCUCACUGUUCAGUUUAAAUUGACUUUUGCUUUCUGUUUAUUUUGUUUUUGAUUUGGUCUAUACACUCUGGAUCUACUUAUGAAAACUAUCCUGUACGAAAGUUCUGUAAGCAUGUUAAGGGACUUAAAUAUGUGCAUAAUAUUGCUGGAGAGCAUUGUGCAAUAAACUAUUUUUGGUAAUGGU